GGCUGUGUCUCACCUCUCCUGCCUUGGCAGCGGGGAGCCUGUGCUGGGUAAGGACGACACUGACCAACAUAGAGAAGUGGCCCCAGCCCUUCCCGCUCUUGGGACCGUCUUCCCUGAAGCGUGGCGGGCAGUGCUAGGAUCGGGCCGAAACCUUCCUUCACACCCCGCCCGGGCGGCUGGAGAGACGCCUCCCCGCGAAGCCCCCGCUGGAGGGAGCCGGAGAGCCGCCGCCCCCGCCCCCGCCCGCAGGGCGCCGCGGGAGUCCCGCUGGCCGAGGCGCCCAGGGAGCUGCUCCAGCCGCCUCGCGGGAAGCAGCUGGUGCAGGAAGAUGGCGAGCCGCAGCCUCCUGCCGCUUCUCCUCGGCACCCUGGGGGCUCUGUGCUAUCAUAAAGCAUAUGGAAUCUCUGUCAAAACGGACAAUCAGCAUGUUACAGCAAAGGAGUUUCAGGAGGCUAUGCUUAGCUGUAAGUACUCAGCUGGAAAGGGUAUUCUUCCAAGAGUAGAAUGGAAGAAACUCACAACCCGUGAUGUCUCAUUUGUGUACUACAAAGAUGACUUAGUAGGUGAUCUGAAAGGCCGAGCAGAGAUGAUAGAUUCAAGCAUACGGAUUAGAAAUGUGACCAGAAAAGAUUCUGCGAGAUACCGUUGUGAAGUUAGUGCGCCGACUGCACGGGGACAAAAUCUGGCCGAGACUAUUAUUACUCUCACAGUGUUGGUGGCCUCGGCAGCUCCAUCUUGUGAAGUGCCCAGUUCAGCAAUGAGUGGAACAGUAGUACAACUGAGUUGUAAAGAAAAUGAAGGGUCUCCUGCUUCUGAGUACAAGUGGUAUAGGAAUGGUGUUGCUUUACUGGAAAAUACAGGAACAGGCAAUGCUAAAAUAGGAAACAUUUCUUAUACCAUGAAUAAAAAGACUGGAACAUUGGUAUUUAACACCGUUUCAAAGAAGGACACUGGAGAGUAUUACUGUGAAGCCUCUAAUGGAAUUGGACUUCCUCAAAAAUGCUCUGUGAAGCGAAUGCAAGUUGAUGACCUUAAUAUAAGUGGAAUCAUAGCUGCUGUAGUAGUUGUGGCUCUGGUAAUGGCAUUAUGUGGCCUUGGGGUAUUUUAUGCACACAAAAAAGGUUACUUUUCAAAAGAAAGCUCUUCUCAGAAGAAGAGUUCUGACUAUAAAUAUACCCCAAGUGAAAAGGAUUUCAAGCACACCAAGUCCUUUGUUAUUUAGAAGAUUUCAGCCUCUUUGAGGGACAAAAACUGACUACUUGUUAUACAAAAUAUCAAAGGGAUUUUAACUUCUGCAAAUAUUUGGAUUUGUUUUGAGAUGGCAUACACUGAAAGCAGAAAGUUUGCUGGAGUGUCUAGGAUCCAAUGUUACAAACCUAAUCACACUGUACAACUGUUCAUAUUGUUAAAAUACCAUUAUUUCUCUAAUUUAAGCAUAGUAGUAUGUAGAUAAUAUAAAUAAUUUCAAUGAAGGUUUCUUCUCAUCCUGUUUAUGUAUAUACACAGGAAGAAGACUCAUUACUAAGCGAAUUCAUGCUCAUGAUCUUUACAGAUUAGGGUUAGAAGUUUUUUGGCCACUCUAACCUAGUGCUUUGUAGCGUCUACAUCUAAGACAAUGUGAAGGGCUCUAACUUUUGCUGUUUUUCAGUUAUUAGUGCCAUGACUUUCAAAUCUGUCAGACCAUGCAGUCAAGUGAACAGUUAUUUUGAUACUGUACAAGUAUAAAUUUGAGUUAUGUUAAAUGUGAUUCACCCUCACUAUCAUAGAGAGCCUCCAGACUGUUAUGCUGUAGAUCAGUGCUUUUCAAUCUUUUUUUUUAUUUGCUGAUCCCUAAAAAGUUUCAAAUAGAGGUGUAGACUCCUUUAGAAAUCUUAAACAUAGUUUUCAGACCUCAGGUUGAAAACUACUGUCAUAGAUCAAAUGUUCAAGUCCCAGUGCUAAAGCAUGUAGCUCUUUUCCUACCAGGAAGUAUAUUUAAGAUCUGUGAAAGUUUCUGUGCUAAAGAUUGUAUGUGUAAAUUUACACUGUGAAGGAAAACAGUGCAGCAAAACUGAUGCAGUGUUAGUGCCUUUUUUUUUGUUACAGUUCAGUUUUACAAAUAAAUGACCCAUAGUGUCUGAUAUGCUGUCUACUGUGAACUUGCUUUCAGUGGUCUGCAACUAUCAUUAGUUUAAUGUGUUGCCAAACUAUGGUAGUCAUGGUGGUGUUGAAACAUUCUGCCUAAUAUUAUCUUCAAUUACAUGUUCCUUUAGCUCCAAAAACUUUACACUCAUAUUUCAACUCUAAAAUGACAGCCAUAGUCAUUAGAAGGGGGAUUUUUUUAUUUUUGGACCAAGCAUGCUUUGUAACUGGAACAUGUACUUAAACUUUAACUAGGCAGACAGUCAGUUCCAUUCACCCUGACAGUUCAAUGCAGGAAAGCUUCCGUAUUCUGGAUGGCCCAUAAGCAUUUGCUGGAUUGUCAGUGACUUCAAUUGGUCAUAAAUCAGCAUCUAGUUUUGUUACUUAUACUCUGUGCUCUUUCAAAUGCUGGUGUGGCAGUGCAAAAAUGCUACAGCAGCUUUGAUAUAGUAAGAUGAAAAUGAAUAUAUUUUGUGGCCCUGAACUGCUUUAAUAUUACAGCCAACUUAUUUCACUGUCUCCACUCCUUAUAUACUACAGAUAUCUGGAUCAACAUGCACUUUUUUUUCCCCCCAAGAGAAGCUGUGUGAAAAUUUUAGGAGCUAGAUUCUUUGGCACCAAAAUAAGCAGUAUGAGAUUCAAGGAGAAGCAGAAACUGGAUGUUGCUGCUAAAAGUGAGCAUUGACAUUUAAUAUGCCCCAUUUCUCACCCCAUAGGGAUUAAUAGCUUAUUUAGUCAACUAUCAUUCAGGCUGUCUGUACAUUGUUAUUGGUUUGAUUAGUUCAUGUCUAACAAAACAAGCCACAAGUUUUAAAUGAAUGCUUAGAUUAUGCAAUAAUUCUCAAGAGGGAUUGAUUAAAGAGCAGCAGAAUGUGAACUUUCCCUAUAUAAAUUUAGCUGCUAAAAACAGCAGGCUACAGGGGCAGGAGUAAGUUAAGAUUUCUUAAAAGAAUUCACACCAAAUACUGAGAAAUUCACUUAAAGGAACAAUUGUACUUUUUAAUCUUGGCUAACAGUACUAAUUGAGAAUAUUUUGCAGUUUCUUGGCAUGUGAGUGAAACUUUCUAUAAAGUCUUAAUAUUUGCCCUGAAACAUUUCCCUGACAUAAGAUUAAAAAAAAGGAAAACCAUCAUUAAACUACCAUGACAGAGGAGGGCAAAGGAUAGGUACAGUACUCUGCAUUUUAGAGUAAUGGCAGGUAAAGAUGAAACUCUAUACUUUGACAUGACACUACUGUGAUAUAUCUGAAGUGAUCUGUAGCUCACAAAAGCUUAUGCUCAAAUAAAUUUGUUAGUCUCAAGGUGCCCCAAGUACUCCUUUUCUUUUUGCAAAUACAGACUAACCUGUCUGCUACUCUGAAACAAAGGCAGUCAGUAAGUCCUGUGUUCCUACCAAGGGUUGAAUUGGGGAAAAAAGGUGUAAUGGGUCUAUACCCGAUACCAAAAUGAGAUGUUACCCAGAUUGCAAAAUGCUCAAACAGUGAUUGUGUGGCUACUAGGCUUUAAGUUUGUCUUGCUUCCUUGGGAUCAAAUGCCAUUCAGAUAAGUCAGCCCAAUGUGAUCAUUUCUCUCCCUGUACUUUGAGCAGCAGUAAAAUGGGCAAUAUUGAUUGGUAGUUCAAACUUCUACUGGUGUUUCUGGUAGACAGGACUGAACUUGAAUAAGUUUUUCAUAUUUUGAUGGGGUCUUCAGGAAGAGAUUAGAAACUUUAGUACUUAACUCACCCC